CGUUCGAACGUACGCAUUGCUCGUUCUUCAAGUCCAGAAAUUGGUUAUCCAGAAAUCUCGUAAUGUCAUUAAUUGUUCUGAAACUAGUCGAUGAAAUUAAUCGAAGAAUCGCGCUUUUAUCAAUCAUUCGUAAAAAGUAAUCAGUAUACUAUCGUCUAUACAAAUUGAGAAGAUGGCUGCAAAAGUUGCAGGACCAGGGGCAGCAAACAAUUCGCCAGAUUCAGAAAUUGCCAGUCUUCAGGUCACUUUACCACAAAUGUUGGAUCUUGCUCUUGGGACUCCUGAGGUGGGCGCAGUCAACCUCAAUAUUUUGCACAAUUUUCUGCAUGUUUUGCUGCAUCAAAUUAACUUGCGCAAUACGAAAGUCGAAUUUAGGGGCGACGAAGCCAACAGGAUAAAGACUAUGGUAGCGUCCUUGAAGGCUGGUCCAAGUUUGCAUUUUCAGCAGUACAGUAUUACGGACGAUUCGGGAAACAUUAAACAGCGAGUUCAGAAUACUGAGAAUAGUUCAGUAAAAGCCGAAGUUUAUACAGAAGAAACGAAAGAUUCGCCAGAAAGUGUAAAACAAAAAAGAUCCGCUGCAAGUGCUCCAGCAACAGCCCGAGGAAAAACAGGAAGAGAGCAAGGAUCAGACACUUCCCUCGAAGAAGGUGCACCAGCUGCCAAGAAGUCAAAGGGCGUCAAACAACAAAUUGGCGUCGGUGUCAACGGUGAAAGCCAAUCUGUCAUCUUCAUCGAACCCUUGAUCGACGGUACAACGCCUACGGUUUUGGCCUUCAAGCAACUCGAUGACAGCGUCAGGAAACUUCAUGAGAAAUUUCAUGCAAUGGAGGAAUUUGCGAAUAAUCCAGAGAUGAUUGAGCGUGUGAAAGCCAGUGCCAGUGACCCACUUUCGGAUAUGUGGCAUCUUAUUAAUAUUGGAAAAAGAUUAGAUGCCACUGAACAGACCGUCGAUAAGCUUGCGACAAUGCUGCAAGAUCUUAUAAAAGGCGAUUCAACCGGGAUAGGGACUGGUUCGAAUAAUCAGACUAUUGAUGAAAUACGUGAACGUCUUGAACACGUGGAAGAAUAUCUUUCUCUGAAGCCUCAAGAGAUCGUUAUAGAACAAGGCACUCAAAACGAGGAGGUGGAUACAAAAGCGAAAAAUAAUCAAUUAAAAAGUGACGUUCCAACAACAAAAGAAACAGAUUCUACGACUCCUGCAAUAUCCGCCGAAGCAACAGCUGAAAUUGAGACAAUUGUUACAAAACCUGCAUCACCUAAGCGCAGUUUCAUAAUCAAUACAGAAAUUGCUGAAAUACGAAGCGUCCUGGCAACGUUAAAAAAUGAUGUUGGUAAAGUACAAGUCGAAGUGUCAGAACUGCAGUCGAAGAUGUUGAAAGCCUCAUCAAUAGCUACCACAGAGAAGUCUGGUGUACCCCAGACAGCAAGCAUUAAGGAAGUCGAAAUUCAGAAGGAGACAACUGGAAGUGUUGAAAUUGAAGUUGGCGAGACAGAAGACACUAACAUUUCCAGUUGUAUGGAAGCUGUUAAGAACAUUGAAGCAAUGUAUGGGGACGCACUGCACGAAUUGGGCGAGCGUGUUAGAGCCAUAGAAAUAGAUAUAGGUUUGAUUAUGGAAAAAGUGAACAGCAGCAGCAUGAACGUAAUGGCGUUGGAAGUAUCUCCAGGACCAAAUGAAUUAGUAUCCAAGAUCCAAAGUAUACAGGCUGACCUGGAACGUGUCAGUCAGACUGCCAAUAGGUUAUUGGAUGAACGAGAAGCUCGUGAAACCCAUACUAACGCUCUUGUAGAACAAAUUGAACUCUUAAAAACUAUAAAGGCGGAUAAAGAAGAUUUGGAAGAUGCGUUGGCAGAUAAAGCUGACGCACAAGCAGUCAAUAGAAAAGUCUCGUAUGAUCAAUUCGAUGCAGCCUGCGAUGAUCUUGCGCGCGGGCUUGAAGAUGCUAUUGGCAAAUUGUCCCAGCAAGAAAGUGUGUGGCAGCAGGCUUUGGACGAGGUACAAAAAGGGGUAGAAAAUAAAGUGGACAAAAUGGAAAUGUCUCCUUUGAAAGAUUUCGUUAACGCAAAAUUAAAGACUCUCCAAGAGAAGCUUAAGGCUCUGUCAGAAAUGCGAAAAGAGGCCGAAGCUGCCGGAACGAAAAAGAUGUUAAGAGACGUGCAAUGCAUAUCGUGUGACAAGAACGUGGUAAUGAGAAUGGAGGAAGGUAAUGGUUUCCAUGCUGAGCCAAUGCCCUGUACAAGAAGUAUAAAACCGUACUUGACCUAUGAACUGGAUCAAGUGAGAAAGCAGCAAAGAAAGUUACCCCAUGGUAGAAACAUGGUACAGUUAGAAGCCGCGCUGCAGGAAGAGGCAAGGAAGGCAAAAGCAACGAAGGAAGAAAUAUUAGUAAAAACCCCAAGAGACCAUUUGUGCAAUCGGUACUGCGGCGGAAGUCAUACAGUGACUACUCCUCAACAAAGAGUAAUGAGGGUUGGACAUUUUCUGACCCAAUGGGGACCGGAAGCGAUACAAUUAACGGAAGGACUCGUGAAAGGUACAGAUGGUCAAUUGUACAAAGGUCGUCCAGUUUCAAUUAAACCAGUUUGUGGCAAUAGUUGCAAAGAAGAUGAAGUGGAUAAAACUAUUCCUAUGGAAAUAGAGGCUCCAAUUUCAAAUCGCCCAAGCAUUUCCAGUGCACGAAGACCUAGUAGCGUAUCCCAAAGAAGAAUGAGUGCGAGAAAACUAGCUGCUCCUGCGGAGCCUCCAGUUCAGGAUACAAUAAACGAAGAAGUAACACGGGAGGAACAACAUUCCUCGGUUAUUCUAAAAAGUAGUACAAUUCAAAAGCUGCAAAUAGCCCAAGAACCAAGUAAAAUGAUUAGAGAGACAAUUACCGAGUCAAAAUAUUCAAUUCGCCAAUCAGGCACUACAAUAAAAUUGGAUUCCGAGGACGGUGAAACUGAAAACGCAUAAGAACAAAAAACGCACAAGCCAAAAAAAGC